AUGACGAUAGCAGCAGUAGUGAAAGUGCAGAGGAAGGAGACCGCCACAAACGUCGUGAGAAGAGCUCAAGAAGGGACCGGUCGCGUUCUCGCCACCAUCGCCGUGGCCACUCGUCCAGCGCCUCUCGAUCGCGUAGCAGACAUGAUAGGAGACGUCGAUCGAGAAGUGACGAGGAGGAAUCGAGAGGCUCUCGCCAUCCCAGUUCGUGACUGGAGGAGCGAAGAAACUGUGUAUGAAUAA